AUGUGGUUUCUGAUAUUAAUCUAUUUGUUGGCUUCCAUCGUUCACUCGCAAAUCGAAACACGUCAAUCACAAGGGAGAAAGGGAAAAUUUUUUGUGCAUUCCCUUCACUCGGCCAGCUUUUUUCAAACAACUGUUCCGGUGAAAUGGUCAGCCACUUUGAAAGGCCGACCGAGUCUACCACAAUGGCUACACCUCGUUCCUUCACAAAGACAUCAAGCAAUCGCUUACCUGAUUGGAACUCCAGUGACUCCCCUCCGACAAAUGACGAUUCACGUGAUUGCCAAAAGUCUUCAGAGUGAAGAGAUUCGGCAGCAAUUCGUUGUCAUUAAUUUGAGCGAAGAUCCAAAGUUCAACUCAGCGACCACCCAAGUGUUAGAUGUCUACAUCAAGGAUUAUGACGCGGAGUCGCUGAUUUCUGACAGAAACGGUUUGAUCGGAAAGCUUGAAGCUGCAGCCAAAAACACUUUCAUUGGAUCGAAUGUGAAUCCUUAUAUUUUCAGUAUAAAACCAUCAACCGAUGACCAGGCCUCAAAGCAGAGUGUUUUCGACCGUCACAAAUUCGGUUCAGUCGUUCAAAUCGGAACGCAACGCGGCUUCUACACGAAUCUCUACUCAAUGGUGAAAACCCUUCGAUCAAAGCCAAUGUAUUGCUCAAAAAGUGAUCAAGUACCGAUCAACAAGAAGUUCCAAGGGAGUUUUGAGGUUGAUUGGUGUCGAGUGGAUUUGCACAAUUUGACGCAAACAAAAGAUCAAGCGCAUCGAGAACUCGACAAGAAAUACAAAAAUCAGUCACCUGAAGCUUCAGCCGAGCAGAGAUCAACGCCAAAACCCACUCGUAUCUGGCCGGUUGAUGAAGACGAAUCAACAGAGAUCAUUCCACCCGUUGAGCAAUAUUCUUUCUGGGACUCAAUCCUCGUGUUGCCACUCUUCGGCUUGGUGAUCAUCAUCAUUCUCUUGAUUUUGGUCGCAAUUUUCUUUGGAUGUCGUGAAGGACAACAGUGGAGGGAUUACAAAACACCAAAACAACAAUUGGAAGAGUAUGUCUCGGUUCGAGAUGGGCAACAACAUUUGAGAGAUCUUUCUAUGCAAAGGCAACUACUAUUGAUGGGAAGGGAUGAAAACGGGCAAGCACCACAGGGUAUCCAUUCAUUCCUUCAACCGAAGAGCCGAGCCAGUUCGAUGAGAGCCUCAAACCCUCGCUUACCACGACACUACAAGAGUGCUUCUCGAGUGAAUCAAGAUGAUGAAGCUGCUGAACUACUGGGCUCUGGAGUUGAAAUGAUUCCCGUGGGCAAACAAACGGUCGCCGAAGCAGCCAAACAGUGUGGCUCAAGUCUUCAUCUUUACCGAAACCCGCUCGAUUCUGCCAGUGAUCCGGAUCAAGAAGUUGAGGAAAACGACAGCCUUGAAGAGGAUCGCUAUCAUCGACAAUAUCAGCCACACCAUCGAAGUCAUCACCAAUUCCGA